AUGACAGAGUCAUCCAACCUGGAACAUCAAUCCCCACACGGCGAACUACGGACAGCCUUUUACAAUCCCUAUGAUAUCAAGCGCCGUCGGCGAACAUCCCGCAGUCAGUUCAAGACCCUGGAAAAGGCAUUCAUUGAAAACCCCAAGCCUAAUGCCAGCACACGCCAACAGCUUGCCCAACGGCUCUCGAUGACCCCUCGCGGAAUUCAAGUAUGGUUCCAGAAUAGGCGCGCCAAGAACAAGCAGGCCAACACAGCCGUCCACCAAGCCAACCCUAACCCCAGCACGGAUGACACACAAGUGGAGGACGAUAUCGGACUAGAGGGUGACCCACUUCUUGCCCCAGACGAGUCUGGGCCCAUCGAAGGAGAUUCCGCUAGUUAUGCUCCCACUCGAACGUUCGAGAGUUCCAACGCUCUUGGUGAGCCACCAACAACAAGUAAGGCCCAGGCAACACGAUCGAACAGUAUGGCGUCCGACUUUUCUUCUUCAUCCGUCCUAUCCAUCGAAUCGCUGGCUGUUAAAGCGGAUACGACCCACCUUCAAGGCAAUUCCAACGACAACGAAUCCACGCUCGACGCAGAUACGUGGGGUCGUUCACAGAUGUGGAGUAGUGCAGGCGCGCAUAACCUAUCAACCAAUUUCCAGUCGUGCCAUGCUCCAUCCGUUGACCCUUUCAGCUCACCAUCGCUCUCCGCCCUCGGACCAGCUGCUCGACAGCCCAUUUACCAACCCCGAUUCGUGGACACUCCGGUCGUGACUCGAGACGCCUGGCGGCCUGGCACACUCCAGAAAAGUCAAGGCUUAUCUUCGUCCCACCAUUGCUCGAGGCACAAGGCUGUGCACUCCUUGGAUGGCCUAAGCUCGAGCUCGACGUUGGAUGGAAUUAGUCAGACAGAGUCCAUUGUGUCGCCAAUAGAGGUCCAGAGCAAGAGGAGAAAGAGCGUGAGCAAGCACUUCCGUCUUUUAGGAGGAUCACCCAUGGCCGGCAUCCAUGUUUUUGACACCUCGGGAGGCAUCGUUCACGGAGACACGCCAUCGUCGUUUUCAGGGUCGCCGACAUCUGUCAAUGCCCCUUCGUUCACGUUUUCGCCACCAGAGCAACAGCCGAGGAUUGCAGACAAUCAAGUAUUCGGACGAACGACGUCUGCGACGAACCCUCACACCUUGAUUGAGAACCAAGGAGGACAGGAUUCUGGACCCAGAGUUGUGUGGAUGGGAGGUAUUGGUGUGACCCGACAGUUACCACUGAAACGCGACACAACCAACGCAGCGGGCCCCUUUAUGGCAACGGACAAUAGUGGCGACUGUUGCGCCAGUGCUGCAUCGCCGACACAACAAAAAUCAAGCCCAACUGUGAGUUCUGCGGGAGGUCUUUCUUCGACUCAACAAUCUCAUAUCAUGGCGGGCCAGGGUACGACGCUGGCGCAGAGCACCAUGGUUACAACAGGCGAAGCGAGCCAUUUUGGGUCCUUGGAUCCGAGGAAAGGCCGGAGACGAUCGUCCUUGAAAACUACCCCCAGGAACAAGGGUCAGCCAGGAGUACGUGUCCAGUUCGACAUACAACAUUCGCCGACAGGACCAAACAUUUCAGCCUCUGGUAGCCAGGAUUCAUUUGCGUCACCAAUGCAACAAGGAAACUACACGGUCACAGAAAAUGUCUAUCAGGACAGUUGGAUAAACAUGACGAUGCAACAGCGGCCACCUACAGACGACAGUUCAAUGGCGAAACUUUCUGAUGGCUCGUCGAUGGUUUUGCUCGACCGUGAAGUUCAGAAGCAAUCGUCGUCUCCUCAUCCUCCCGAUGCCCCUGGUCGAUCAGGAAACACGAUUGCCCUUCCAACAUCGUCCUUACCUUUGUCAGCCACACCGGGAUCUUCAAAUCAAGGCGGGGUUAUUUACUGGCCGACGGCGACGGGCAUGAGUCAAGUGGGGUACUCGAGCCCAGACUCUCCUGCAUUAGAUUCGACGCUCCUUCAGGAUGCCCAGCAGGCCCGGCGCAACUCUUGCCCUCCUGGAUUCAUUGAGUGUUUCAACAAAGGACUCCAGAUCAUUCCCGAUCCGUCAUCUUUGAGCAGCCAAACUCUCGUCAACCAAAGCGGCAUUGCCGUUUUUCAUCACCAGCAGGAACUUGAGCACCGCUUACAACUACAACAGCAACAGCAACAGUUUCAGCAACAGCAACUUCAGCUCCAACUCCAAUACCAGCGUCAGCAACAACUACAGCAACAGCUUCAGCAUCAGCAGUAUCAACAACAAUUUUUCUUUCCUGUUCAGGAGAUUCAAGCCUCUACCACAGAAUCAUCCACGUCAUCCACCCCCAAGACAGAUGUGGGUCCCUUCACUUGGCAAGAGCAGCCGUUGGGGAUUGUCUUUCCGGAAGGUCACGUUGCAGAACGGCGAGAGCAAAGCUGUGGCUCGACGAUGCCCACGGACUCUCUUGUUGCCCUUGACCACGAGACAAAUGGACCAGACUUGGAUGUUCAGGACCUGAGAAGGGCGCAUCUAUCGGCAUCGGAACAUCGCCAUUCUCUCGCUGACCCUUACCACCUCCCUCAGCUGCAGACUCCCAGGCUCUUGGCUCAGCAGCAGCACCAAGUUGAGCAACCGCCGUGGUCGCGCACAUGGGCAGCUUACAGUGUUCGACCAGCGCGGUCGCGUCUGUCUCUUCCUGUGACGUUGCAAGAUACCUUUGGAAGACGCUUCUCUGAGCCUGCAAAUAUUUCCAAGGAUAUCUCCAGAUCGUUAACACAACAGGGUACUGUCCCAGUGCUUGAUGGAGAUGAUCUGUCCCCGUCCUCUCAAAAUACCACCCUAUACCAUUGGCAACCUGGCCAAGAUGCAACUUUGGGAACUACCUUCGCAUUCGACUCAAAUAUGCCGCCCAAGAUUGAGGAGACACCCCUCUCAACCUCGCUCCAUCCACUCGAUGCCUCCGCGAGCGAUGCUUCCGACAUUGACCAAUCGCCCUUAGCAUAUGCAUCCUCCUCCCAUAUGACGGCCACACCAGCCCUUGACCAACACAUGCCUGUCGACUCUUUCCCAACUCCCAUGACGGCCUCUCCCGCGUCCUCGGCAUCAUCGUCUCCUUCUCCUUCCUCCUCACCUGUCACAAGGAGAGACAUCAGAGAGUUUCCUAUCGGGAAGGACGCGUCGUCUUCUCCUAUGAGCGUAGAUGGGCCAGCAACGUAUAGUGGCCCGAGUCCUCCUGUAUGGGGGACACCGUCCUCUGUGGCAAUGGCCGUUACGCUUAGUCCGUCCAUCGAGGCGCCGUUAUUGAUGCGUGCCCACAGUUUGGACUCGUUGAUGUUGCAACCAAGCACCAUACGCGAGAGCCCGUCUACGCUGCAUGGCCAACAACACCAACAACACCAACAACAACAGCGACAGCAGCAGCAACAGCAGCAACAGCACUCCUUGCAGCCGGGCCAACCUUGGAAUGCGGCGCUCCCCACCACGUCACAAUUGUCACAGCCAGUAUCCCCUCACGUUGUUCAGCGCCAGCAGAGUGAUAUGCUAAAUCAAGGAUCUCCCACAAUUGUGAUGCCUCACGAAGGGUUUGAGCAAAACAUCAACUGGGAUCAGAGCCUUGCAGCAAUGAAUCACUUUGCGAUAUUGCAACAAAAGUUACCCCUUGCCCGUCAACAACAACAACAGCGGCAACAGCAGCAACAACAGCAAGAGAGUCAACAGUCGCAUCAUUCACAAUCGCAAUCGACACAACAACAGAUGCGCCUUCAAGACCUUCAACAGCAACAGCAGCAGUUACAGUUACAUCAACAACAUCAGCAGAAUCAAUUACAACAACAAGAACAACAGCAACUCCAGCAGCAAAUACCCCAGCCACUCCCACAAGGUCAAGCACAACCAUUGCAACAACACAAGCAUCAACAACCGCAACCGUUACAAGAGCACCCGCCGUUAACAUUGCCACCACCACCACCCCUGGCCCCAGAAUCGCUUAGUGGGUCACCAGUUCAGUCAUUUGCACCUGAGUCAACGUCGACCGUCCCGUGUUUCAAGGACGCCAAAGCAUUUGAGGAGUACAAGCACCAGCAGUUUAUCCUUGAACAUCAGCGUCUCCAGCAGCGACAAGAACUUGAGAUGCGGAAUGUUCAGAUGGAGGCUAAGUUGGACCAAGAGAGGGUGGAGAGUCACAGUAGCGUUUCGAGUCUUCAAAGUGACUCUCGACAGCAGCCUAGUCGUUCCUCAGAGUUUGGUGACAAGUCUACAAGCGCGAGUCAACUGAGUGGUCAUGUUACGAUUACAACCGUCCUAGUUCCUUCAUCGGCGCCGUCGUUGUCUCAGUCAGCCUUGAAAGAGUUUUGA